CCUUGAAGGAGGAGGAGCCGCCGCCGCCACAGCAGCAGCAGCAGCAGAAGAGGCAGCAGCGGCCGCCGCCAGAGGCCGGGAUUGUUUCCUGGGGAAAGCGCAGCAGGCUGGGAAAGCGUUUCCGGAAGGCAGGCGGACGGGCAGGCAGGCAGGCAGGCUGCAUCCCGCAGCUGGGCUCCGAAGAGCGGCGGGGACCGGCCGGAGGAGGAGCAGCCGCGGCCGAGCGGCAUUUUCAGAUUAAUUCCUUCAAGAUAGCAUAUCAGAAAAUUAGUUCCUCUGGUGCUUGCGUCAAGGGCUAAGAAAAGUGGCCUUCCGUCGAAGCCUUCACCCAAAGGCUGGAGAGAUAAAACAAUUCUGCCGAGCGCUUUGGAAAUAGCUGACGACACGGGAUAAUGUGCUGAGUGGCACUAUGGGCAGGCGAUACCCAGGGGCUCACUAUCGUCAGAGCAAUUCAUUUGACUCCGGUGUGGAAACCUUGGCAGGGUUUAUGGCAAGCAACAGCGCGACGGACAUUGUGAAUCGGAAUGGUCCUGCCACUCCGCCCAACACGCUCCACCUGCGCUCCUCUCACAACGAGCUGCUGAAUGCCGAAAUCAAGCACACAGAAGUCAAGAACAGCACCCCUCCAAAAUGCAGGAAAAAAUACGCACUGACUAACAUCCAGACAGCCAUGGGCCUUUCUGAUCCUGCUGCUCAGCCCCUGCUGGGCAACAAUUCUUCCAACAUAAAGCUGGUGAAGAAUGGGGAGAACCAGCUUAGGAAAGCUGCGGAGCAGGGGCAGCAGGAUCCUAACAAGAACCUGACCGCUCCUACCACUACCGCAGGCAUCAACAUAACUUCUGAGAAGUUGGAGGGGAAAGAGCCAAACCAGGAGGAUUCCUCAGGCAGCGAAAUACUACCCACGCAACGCCGGAGAACCAAGAGCUUCCUAAAUUACUAUGCAGAUCUCGAGACAUCGGCAAGGGACGUUGAGCAGAAUUUGGGGAACAGCCAAGUGGCAGGGGAGGAGAAACUGUCCUCGCAGUGCAAUAGCCAAGCAUCCACAGUGAUUGUUAACGGGGACGCCUUGCUUCGGAAACAAAACAAGCCAGCGAGUCCGGAAGAUGGACAGGUAGCGACCGUAUCGUCGAGCCCAGAAACGAAAAAGGAUCAUCCUAAAACUGGUGCCAAAACAGACUGUGCGCUGCAUAGGAUUCAGAACCUGGCUCCGAGCGACGAAGACUCUAGUUGGACAACACUGUCUCAGGAUAGUGCAUCUCCGAGUUCCCCAGAUGAAACAGAUAUAUGGAGCGAUCACUCAUUUCAGACAGAUCCUGACUUGCCUCCAGGCUGGAAAAAGAUCAGUGACAUAGCGGGCGUCUAUUAUUGGCACAUACCGACAGGAACAACCCAAUGGGAACGUCCCAUAUCCAUACCAACAGAACUUCAAGGCUCAAGAAAAGGCUCCCUUAGUUCGAUCACACCAUCUCCCACUCCAGAAACAGAGAAACAGCCAUGGAGUGAUUUUGCUGUACUGAAUGGGGGAAAGAUUAAUAGUGACAUUUGGAAGGAUCUCCAUGCAGCCACGGUAAAUCCAGACCCCAGUUUGAAAGAGUUUGAAGGAGCAACAUUGCGCUAUGCCUCUUUGAAGCUCAGAAAUGCCCCACAAUGCGAUGAAGACGAUUCCUGUAGCAUCAACAGUGAUCCAGAAGCCAAGUGCUUUGCAGUUCGUUCUUUGGGAUGGGUAGAAAUGGCAGAGGAAGAUUUGGCUCCUGGGAAAAGCAGCGUUGCUGUGAACAAUUGCAUCCGACAGCUCUCUUAUUGUAAAAACGAUAUACGGGACACGGUUGGCAUUUGGGGAGAGGGAAAGGACAUGUAUCUUAUCCUGGAGAACGACAUGCUAAAUUUGGUUGACCCCAUGGAUCGCAGUAUUCUUCAUUCACAGCCCAUCGUAAGCAUCCGAGUCUGGGGUGUAGGCCGUGACAAUGGCCGAGAGAGAGAUUUUGCCUAUGUAGCAAGAGACCGAGAGACGAGGAUUUUGAAGUGCCACGUGUUUCGAUGUGACACGCCAGCAAAAGCCAUUGCCACAAGCCUGCACGAAAUCUGUUCUAAGAUUAUGGCUGAACGGAAGAAUGCCAAAGCUGUGGCUUGCAGUUCGUUACAAGAGCGGACAAACGUCACCCUGGAUGUUCCCUUGCAAGAUUUCCCAACACCAAAGACUGAGCUGGUCCAGAAGUUCCAUGUACAGUACUUGGGCAUGUUACCUGUAGCUAAGCCAGUGGGUAUGGACACCCUGAAUGCCGCUAUAGAAAGCCUCAUUGACUCCUCCAGCCGAGACGACUGGGUGCCUGUCACCAUGAAUGUCGCAGAUGCUACAGUGACAGUCAUCAGCGAAGGGAAUGAAGAGGAAAUUGUGGUGGAAUGUCGUGUACGGUUCUUGUCUUUUAUGGGAGUGGGCAAAGAUAUCCAUACGUUUGCCUUCAUAAUGGAUACGGGGAACCAGCAUUUUGAGUGCCACGUUUUCUGGUGUGAGCCCAAUGCAGGCAACGUAUCAGAAGCCGUCCAGGCGGCUUGUAUGUUACGAUACCAGAAGUGCUUGGUAGCCAGACCUCCUUCACAAAAAGUCCGGCCGCCUCCUCCUCCUGCAGACUCGAUGACCAGAAGAGUCACGACUAAUGUAAAACGGGGGAUGUUGUCCCUCAUUGACACUUUGAAACAGAAACGUCCCGUUACGGACACGCCAUAGCAGCCCUGCAGGAAAAGAAAUGGUUUCUCAGAAAACAUCUAGCAGAAGAUACAGUAGCCACGUUAAAGAAGAUGAACUGAUUUUUGGCCUUCCAGUUUAAAUUGGUGAUGCUUUGUCUUCAGAGAAUUUACCCUUAUCAAAUAAUAUUAGACAAAAGCAUGUUCUCUCGUUCUUGCCACCAUCAUGUGAUAUGAAAAGAAGCAUGAGUAAUUUUUUUGCUGUGAGGUUUCACACCAUGAAGUGGAAGGUCUGUUUUCCAACUGUGUAAAUAUUAUGAACGUUACUUAAAUUCACACAUACACCAGAAAGGAUUAUGGCACAUUGCUCUUCGGAGAGAACCAUGCCCAAAUUGAUAUUCAUCCCCAUCCUGGUUGGGAUUUGUCACAAGCAGUCCUUGUAUCCUGCAGCACUUUGUCCUCAUUUUUAACACUGAAGUACAUACCAAGUAUUAGUUACCAUUGUAUUAUUGUAAUAUGAAUAUUGAGCUGCUUUUUUAAAAAAGAAACUGCAUUCAUUAACCAAUCUUCCAUCUUGUGCACCCUAGUAACCAUUUUUCAUCUUCUGUCGGCCAGUUGGGUUUGCUUCAACACGACAGUUUCCUAUGCAGAUUGCAGUUUGAUUGGAAGGAGCGUGCAAACGAUAUUAUAAUUGUGACAAUCACAUGUGUAUCGGUUUCAGUGACAUGCCGGUGCUGGGAAUGACCCUUUCCCAGGCAUAUGUAUGCACAAGAAAAUAGAUGUGCUCUAUUGUCGCAUGGUAUUAACUACAUUUGGUUUGCAUGCUUUUUUCUCGUAAAGAAGCACUGCCCCCGUAGCAGAUCAUCACCUUUGAAAUGCCCUUCAGUUCUGAAAUCGAGCUUGUCAUUUAGGAGUUCAGAGAGCAGUCCGGGAGGAUAUGCUGGGAUUUUUGUUUCAAAACAUAAAUUGCAGCACUGGUGACACUAAGGCUCAAGUGCUUCUUAGCAUUUUCUAUAGAUGCUGGUCUAUGCUUUAAAAUGUUUCUACCCUGAUACAGGCAGGAAGCAAAGGUAAGGACCUGAUAGAUGCAUGAGGUUAAAAAUAGUAAAGCCAAAAUGUACCUUAAUCCUUGACCAGUCGUCUACAAGGAUCAGUGCAUCAGAAAUGGAAUUUCAGCAAUACAGCAUGAGUAAAACCUCUUUAACUGAAAAGGGGAAGGAAGAUUAAGGUAUCCUUUGUUACUUUUCCUAUGACAGGGUUUGCAUUAGGUGACUAUGAAUGUGCAUGGGUUUUUCCUUACUUGAGUUCUAUCACUAGAACUAUGUCCUCCAUUUCAUUUAUUCCCACAGAGGUUGGGUGCUGAGCGCACCUAAAUGACAUUUUUGCUGUGCAAGAUCCAUUUUAAUUUGCAGCCUUCCAAGGAGCUAUAGUUUACUUUGAUUUUAAAUUAAGAAAUCAUGUGAUCUCCCAAUAGAUUUUGUAACACCCACCGACCACCACAUUUGACCUUUGCAGUGCCAAGUGAAACUUGUUGCAAAUCCCACGACCAACUCCACAUGCUAGUUCCUUCUAACUGCACCUUAUGCUAUGUGUUUUGGAUGGUUUUUAAUAUUUUUCAUGUGUAAUGUGUAGCACAUUUUCACUUGAGCAGCUGACAAAGGAAAAGCCUUAGAACCCAUUCAUGCCUUGGGGCCGUGGCAGAGGCCCCAGAGUGUUGAAUGUACAAUUGAAGAGGGUAAGGGAAGGCAAGCUUGUGUUUGUGCACUCUCCUCCAAAAACUAUUAAAGAGGAGAUUAUAUCAAAAAACUACUAAAGAGGAGAUUAUAUCAAUAACAUACAGGAGUAAACCACAAAACCUCCUGUUUGUUCACAAGUGCAAUGUGGAGUCAUGUGUGAAUCAGUCUGUAGUAGCCCCACAAUCUGUAGUAUAAGGAAUUAGGCAGAAUACUACUGUCAAUCAGUGGUGUCAGUCCUGAAAGGUGUCAAGAUAAAAAAAUGCUCCUUCCAGUUAUUUCUUGCACAAAUAAUUGCUUCCAUUUAGGAAAAGCAAUGCGCACAAUCAUGCAAGUGUGUUUUGACAGAAUUUGUACCCAAUUGUAGCUUGACACCAUGAGUGCACUCUGCAAAACAGACAUUAUUCUGUCCGUGCUGCAUGUGCAAUUUCAGUACACAAAAAUGUCUGUGUGUGCAAGAGUUUCUUGUGCUUCUGAAGCAGACAGACAGGUUUGCGAAUGAUAGGAAGAGGAGCAACUAGGAACAGUAGAGAGUUGAUGUCCACUGCUCAGUAGAGAUGAUGUCCACUGCUCAAAAAAAACCCCAACCACAUCUCAGCAUCCACAGCUGCUUCCAUUUGGCUCACAUAUCCUAAAAGGUUUCUCUUCCUUUUCCCUCCUCCGCUGAGGAACAGCUGCUGCCAAACCAAGCAUUGUGCUCACUUGCUUUUACCUCUCUAAAGGCAGCAUUGGGCUUGCUUUCAUGCGCAUGUUUAUCACCUGAUCAGUACCACCUCGAGCAGUGGCUUGCAUGUGUGACUGAGACACCAGAUCACAACCCCUUCCAUAUCACCUCAAAUGCACCACUUCUCAGUGGAGCUAGGGUCACACAUCCAACUGCAGGUCAUCAGUUGCUGAAUCAUCAAUUCAGGCAUGUGUGAAUUAGCCCACAAUGUCCCAAGAGCUACAAAAUGGAAAACUUAGCAACUCCCCCCCUCCCCAUUUUUAUGAUGUAUAGUUUGCAGGUUAACAAGACCAGAAAUGAGCCUAUGCAUAAAGAGAUUUUUUUUAAAAGUCUGACUCAACCCUUAUUAUUUUCUAGUUAACUUUACAGAGGUAAUAAGAUCCGUUACCUUCCAAGAGAAGUAACCCUAAGGAGUGUAGCCUCCUGGCUUUAUUGCUCUAAAGGUCACAUCCAUUGUGCUCCUAAAGUAGACAAAUGCUUGGAUCUGCCUUUGCUAAGGUAUUACCAUUCUCACUUCCCUCCUGAAGAAAAUAAUAGGGCUCACUCCAUUUUUAGAAAGUACAUGCUGACUACCAGCAGCUCUCCUCCUCAAAUAAAAAAAAUUAAAAAUCAUAAAAUUGCAAACCAAUAGUUUCUGUUAUAUGGCUAUGCUCCAUUCUCAUUAAGUACUCAAACCCAAGCAGGAAAACUUAACUCAUUUGUGUCUUAAUUGGCAUCAAGUUUUUCUAGAGUAUGACCUUUUCACAUUCAGAAGAAAAUGCAAGACAUGCUUGCUGAAAACAUUGAGUAGACCAAGCAUUUCUUUUUCAAGUAGCUUUUGUUUUAAGUCCCACCAGCUGAGAGUUGCAUCCCACUCCUUGAAAAUCAAACUUGUUAUCAGCUUAUUUUAACUGAACCUUCUUUAUGGAAUCUCCAUUGGAGAGGUAGUGUCUCUGAAUACCAGAUGCUGAGGACUAAACAAUAGGGAAGGCCACACUUGUGAGCUCCCAAAGGGCAUCAGGCUGGCCACUGCUGGAAACAGAAAGCAGCAAGGCAGUUCUUACCAGACAAAUAAAAUAUAAAACAUUUCUCAAUGAUGGCCAAAAUACAUGUAUGGGUUGAAUGCGAACAAAUGCCAAUGACUUACUCAAUGUUGUAGUGACACUUCUGUUAUCUAUGCAUUCUUUAUAAUUGCACAAGGCAGCCAUGUUCACUAUGCCUUGGACGUUUCAUGUCUUUUUUUGAUUAACUUGUUAAAUACAGCUUAAAUAUUUUUAUUUUAUUUAUUCUAUUUUUACUGAAAUAUUCUUCGAUUAUGUUGACAUAUCUUUAUUACUGGAUGUGAUCGCACACGAUAAUCCAGUGCUAAGUAAUCUCAGUGUACUAUAGGUUGCCUAAAGACAGAGGAUUUUUGUAAUUAUUUGUAGUCACCUUUUUAAUUAACUGAAUAUGUAGAAGUAAAAUGGCAAAAAUAACAUGUAAAGCUAACUUCUAUUAUUUUUUAAAAACACAAAAAGCAAGUUAGAUGCUGCUCUCACGGACCACCUCAUUUGCGUACUCCGUUGAAGGAAGGGAGAUUGUUAACCAGUCAUUUGUGAUAGCUUAAUUAAUGCCUUUUUUUCUGCCCCAACCCACAGCAGUUCUUUGAUGCUGCUUGUUGCUUCGUUUAUACAAAACAAGUACUAUUUCUUUAAAAAACAUGUUUUUUCAUAGAGAUGAAGAAAUGCCUAAAAACGGAAAGAAAUUUGCAUGAAACGCCAUCAAUCCUACUUCUGUAACAAAGAGGUCUUAAUGAUAAACUUUGUGUGCAAAGCCUUUAAUAGCUGAGUAGAAGAAAAUCUACAGAAAGCUGAAUACAAAGAUGGCGCCGUCUACAAAGCUUUAAGAACUUGUUUAUUUGUUAAAGAACUCUGCAGUCAAUUAAACAGAUCACAUAUGGAGGGAAACUGCUAUUUUUAUCGCAUUAGCUCACAAAAGCUGAGCCUCUCUAGAGCUCUAUCAUUACCAUCAUUAGCUCCUCUCUUUGGCAGGCAUAGUUAUUUUGAGGGAGAGAAGUGUGAAUAGCAGAAGUAGGUUUGAUUUAUUUCACUAUCUGCAAAAGAGAAAGGAGAAAAUACACACAGUUUAUCAGUAAGAGCUCUCGCUAUUACAUGAAGUAGUUGAUUUUAAAACAGAAAAGUUUUUUCCACCAUUGUCCACUUUUUACACAUUUAAAUGUAAUCUGUUGCAAGAAUAAAUUUAGCUGCAUUAA